CGCCUGGGCUCGAGACCAGAGCUGUUUGGAGUUUAACAGUCCGUGGACCGACGGCCGGAGUCUGAGUCCGGUGACCGGACUGUGGUCUAACAUAAGGCGGGACCCAGGAGAAGGGGCGGGGCGUGGGAGAAGGUGAGGAAUGAGAUUUGGCCUCCCGGCCCGCCCCGCAAUGUGGCAACCUCUGAUCCUGCUGCUGCUGGUCCCCUCUGCCCUGGUGCCCCCCUCCACUGCAGCCCCGAUCCGCGAUGCUGAUGCCCAGGAGAGCUCCUCAGGUUUUCUAGGCCUCCAGAGCCUAAUCCAAGGCUUCACCCGGCUGUUCCUGAAAGAUGACUUGUUGCGGGGCAUGGACAGCUUCUUCUCUGCCCCCAUGGACUUCCGGGGCCUCCCCAGGAACUACCACCAAGAAGAGAACCAGGAGCACCGGCUGGGGAACAACACGCUCUCUAGCCACCUCCAGAUUGACAAGGUGACAGACAACAAGACAGGAGAGGUGCUGAUCUCCGAGCAGGUGGUGGCAUCCAUUGAGCCAGGAGAGGGGAGUUUGGAGGGUGACUGGAAGGUACCCAAGAUAGAGGAGAAGGAGGCCUUGGUGCCACUCCCAAAAGCCAUCGACAGCUUCCACCCAGAACCCCAUCCCCGAGUGGCCUUCUGGAUCAUGAAGCUGCCAAGGCGGAGGUCCCACCAGGAUGUUCAGGAGGGCGCCCACUGGCUCAGCGAGAAGCGACACCGCUUGCAGGCCAUCCGGGAUGGGCUCCGAGAGGGGACCCACGAGGACAGCCUCGAAGAGGGGACCCAGGGCUCCUCCCACUCAAGGCUGCCUGCCCGGAAGACCCACUUCCUGUACAUCCUCAGGCCCUCCCAGCAGCUAUAGGGGUGGGAACUGGGGAACACCCGCAUGUACCCCCCACCAGACCCCAUCCCAGGCACCAUAUAGAAAUAAAGUUCUUACAUCUAGCA